AUUUCGGGUCGGCAAGGUGGGGGAGGCGAGAGCAGCAACUGGCACCGGCUCGACCCUCGGUUCAGAGUCCCGGCGCCCGGUGCUUCUGCUGGCCGCGAGCUGAGGACUGUCCGCUUCCUCGUGGUUCCCGCGCGGGCUCCGAAUCCAGACCGCGGCGGGGGCCAGUGGCCCCUCCCCUCCGAGGAUAGAAGAUGAGCUUCCUCUUCAGCAGCCGCUCUUCUAAAACAUUCAAACCAAAGAAGAAUAUCCCUGAGGGCUCUCAUCAGUAUGAACUCUUAAAACAUGCAGAGGCAACUCUAGGAAGCGGGAAUCUGAGACAAGCUGUUAUGUUGCCAGAGGGAGAGGACCUCAAUGAAUGGAUUGCUGUUAACACUGUGGAUUUCUUCAACCAGAUCAACAUGCUGUAUGGAACUAUUACAGAAUUCUGCACUGAAGCAAGCUGUCCAGUCAUGUCUGCAGGUCCAAGAUACGAAUAUCAUUGGGCAGAUGGUACUAAUAUUAAAAAGCCAAUCAAGUGUUCUGCACCAAAAUACAUUGACUAUUUGAUGACUUGGGUUCAGGAUCAGCUUGAUGAUGAAACUCUUUUUCCUUCUAAGAUCGGUGUCCCAUUUCCCAAAAACUUUAUGUCUGUGGCAAAGACCAUUCUGAAGCGUCUGUUCCGGGUUUAUGCCCAUAUUUAUCACCAGCACUUUGAUUCUGUGAUGCAGCUGCAAGAGGAGGCCCACCUCAACACCUCCUUUAAGCACUUUAUUUUCUUUGUUCAGGAGUUUAAUCUGAUUGAUAGGCGUGAGUUGGCACCUCUUCAGGAAUUAAUUGAGAAGCUUGGAUCGAAAGACAGAUAAAUGUUUCUUCUAGAACACAGUUACCCUCUUGCUUCAUCUGCUAGAGCUAUCUCACUGCUAUUUGUUAUAGACUAGUGAUACAGACUUUAAGAAAACAGGAUAAAAAGACACCUGUUGUUGGUGUCUACUGAUAAAAUUGUCCCAAAGGUAGAUUGGCCUGAUCCUUCAGCGAGAAAUUCAAAAGGCAGCCGACUGAGGCACUGUGUGACCACUCCUGUUAUUGUCAGUGUUAUACUUGGUUGUAUUAUGGGAUGACUAACAUGUAGUCUCUUAGUUUACUUAUUCUUUUACUGAAGAAAAUGAUUGAGUGCUUCAGGUUAUAGCAUAAUGGCUAUUGAGAAUUUCCACCAAUACUUUAUUAACAAGUUUCUAGAACCAAUUACCUAAUAACGCAAUCAGAUCAGUUUUUAUUUACAAAUAGAAGAGGUAUUUUUAAGUUUCCUUAAGAUUUAGAGCAUUUGUGUGUUACUUUGGAUAACCUUUUAGUUUGAAGUUUGUAUGCUAGUGUUUUUAUAGAUAAGACUAUAUAUAUAUGUUUAUUUUUUCAGAAUCCAUGAUUGUAGUUUAAAUCCUCAUGACCUAUGUGGUAUGGGAGUAACCAGAGUUAUUUCUAAAAUGACUUUAUUUUUUAAUCUUUAUUUGGGAUUUUAUUCACAUAAACCUAUCUAAAGUUUUAGGAGUAUGUAUAUCAGAAAUAAUUUUCUUAAGGCAUGAAAGGAUAGUCUUGUACAUUUUUAUUUUGAAAUGCUUCAUUCAGAUUAAUUUUAAUAGGUAGCUUUUGGCUAAGAAAGAAAACUCCAAAAAAUUAUGACAAAUUUAGGUCUCAGAACCACUAUUUUCAUUCAUGUUGUUUUUCAGAGCCCCUAAGAUCCUGGAGAGGAGAGUGGAAGAAAGUACUCAGAGUACUUGAUUUUCUUUUGAGUGUCCUUUAAAACAAAAACAAGAAUUCUAUGUGUUUUUAUUGUGACUUGAGACUUAGUUAAGGGUAGUGUCGAAAUGCCCAGGCUUUAAUCCCAACAAGGAUAAAACUUAAGGAAGACCAUAAUAAAAAACCUUGAAGGUGUACACAUUUUAUAACACAGCUUAAAGUU